AUGAGUGAAGGGGAUGCUGCAGAAUUGAAAACGGAAUAUUUCAAAUUCUGUAAAGCUUUCACCUCUCGAAUGAUUCAAAUAUUGGUUCAGUCGAGAAUGGGUGAACCUAUAAAUCAAUCUUGUUUAGCAAAACCGGAUAGUUCAGAUUGGUUCAAUAUACGUAUAGAUGAAUAUGGUGAGAUCGCUGCUUAUUUGCGUGCAAAUAUUUUAAAGUAUCCUCCAUUGAUACCAGCGUUUACUCUUGAUUUUUUACUCUAUACUGCUGAAAAAAAUAUAUUGCCACUGGAAUCAUGUAAUGUUGAUCCAUUGACCAAAAAUGCUCGUACCAUCAAUAAUACACAGCUAUACCAUCAGCUGGGUACUCUUCUUAAAUCGAUUGUUAUCGCUGCAAGAAUAACCCCUUUAUUUCGAUAUUAUGUAAGAAAACAGUGUUCGGAAACAUUCGUUAUUUUAUACCGAGUAAGUUUUGAACCAGAUUUGGACCUUGGUCAAGAUCGAACAGAGCUUUGCAUUGGAUGUUACCCAUCCCCUUAUGGUCAACUAUCUGUGGACCUUUUAUUCCGAACACGAAUGGAAAUAAUUCCGUAUGUUUUAUUAAUUUUGCCAGCAUUUUUAAUCUGUAAUAAUAAUAAUAUAUUAAAGCUCAUUGUCUGGUUGUUAUAG